AUGUUGAAGUUGUGGCUCGGGCUCGCGCUAACGGCUGAUUCAUCGGCUUUAUUCAGGGAUCGUAAUAGUUUUGGGAUGAAUCUAAAAAGACCAUCGGAGCUCUACAAACACCUAAGAGUUUCCAAGAGACAUAUCCUGGGAAAAUCCCAUGAUGACGUCGUUACAUCACUCCCAAAAGACAAUGAUGCCCCAGAGCUAGAGUCACGACUUCAAUUCCAUAAACAAUUUAUGAUCGGAGCGCAAAAUAACAGAGUAGGGUUAGGAUCAAGUAGGAAAGUCCAAGAUACGGAUAUAUUGAAGUCUUUUAUUCGGCAAGACGAGAACGAUAAAUACAAGAUCCAUGCAAUGAGUUUAGAAAUGCAGAACGAGUGGUUAGACAUAGGAGAUUUUUGCAUUCCACUAGCACUAAAAUGGCGCACCCUAAUUCAUGACUGGUCGCCAGCCUUGCUAAAAUUUUAUCUCAAUGCGUUCCAGAUGACUCUCCCAGAUCAGAGUAAUUUAGUAAGAUGGGGUAAAGGUACCGAAAAAACUUGCUAUAUCUGCGGAAAGGCAGUUGGAACUGCCAAGCAUUUGCUGGUGGGAUGUAAGGUUCUCCUGGACAGCGGUCAAUACUCGCGUCGUCACGAUAGGGUUUUAGAGAUCAUACGUUUUGUGAGAGAGGGCACCAGGGCUAUAAAAUCAAACGUCAAGCCUUACUCUAUCCUUAAAGCGGCUUCGGAUUGGACUAUCAUGAUGGAUACGUAUGAGAAACAAUACAAAAUCCCCGAGGAUAUUUGUGCGUCGGCCUCCAGACCAGACAUAUUUCUAUAUUCGCGUAUUUUAAAGCGCGUUGUGAUGAUAGAGCUUACGGUGCCUUGGGAAACCAACAUCCCCAAAGACCAUGCCAUCAAGGUCAAUAAGUAUUACGAGCUCACUAACGAACUAACUCGAAAUAGGUUCGUCGUUGAUUUGUACGCGGUAGAGGUGGGAGCGAGAGGUAUAACAGCUAAAUCUCUCUAUAACCUACUAAAAGACUUGGGCCUGUCCAGAACUAACAUUAAUUCAUUCUUAGAACGUACGUCGAAGGCAGCCCUAGUAGGUUCUUUUCAAAUUUGGUUAGGUAGGGAGAGGAACUUGGACAGUGGAGUCCGAGAGGGGGGGCGGAAGAUCUGUCCACCGGUCGAUUUAAACGGCGAAAACGGCGCGAAUACGGACUUGAAAUGCCCUACGUGCGGGAAAAAUUACAAGAGACGAGCCUGGUACAUUAAACACCUAAAAACACAUAAUGGUGUUGAAGCGCGACAAUCGUUGGUAAGUUCUUCAAUUAUCACUUCGGAUAGAGUUGACCCUCACGUAUCCCAUGGUGAACCAUUAACUGGAAACCACCAGGAGUCCAUUAACAUCCGGACACGUCUUAGCAUUCCUAACAUGAAACAAUCGACUUGGAAAGUUCACGACGACAAUUUAGCGGUCCUGUUAGAGCAUCCGGGCUCGAAACAGGAAUUGAACUCGCAGGUAGAAACUUUCCAAAAUACCGUUUAUGACUACUUCAACGAGCAAUAUCCACCACGUAAUCAUUACGCUCGCAAAAAAUAA